GGAAGCCCGGUAAGGUGUGGUGGCCACGUUCUUGCACGAUGUAAACAGCUCGACCAGGUCGAGCUCCAGUGCACCGGAUACCGUUGACGAAGACGGCCGUACGUGGUUUUGCUACUCGACAUUCUUCCACGAGUUACGCUAGUUAAUGGCGCGACGCCUCUUCUCGAUGUCGUAGUCAAUGGAUCGUUCGCUAUUGCUUAUCGACUUCGUCAACCUUCAGACUCUUCGUAAUCUUCUAUCUUCAUUUUCCUAUAUUUUUCGCUGUCAGGUAUGUUUAGGUGUUUUUGAUAAGUUUUGUCGAAUCUCUUUAAUUGAAUUAUUGAAGAUUUCUUUUAUGCGAAGCUUUUAUUCGUGGCCAUAUGAAAGAUUGGUGACAACACAGUGAUACGAAAAAGUGAACGUAAACGUUAAAGGACAGAUAAGACAAAGAGCGACGCUCAACGACUGUCUCCGUCUAAAAGACGUAGCGUCGUUUCGUCGGAAACGUAGAAUAAUCAACGUGGAGUGAUUAAAUCGAGAGACUGCUAAGUACAUUAAAUUGACGUAAUAACGCGAAGCAUCAGUCCCCGAGGUGUGAUUACAGUCGCGGUGGACAAUUUGCGAUAUCAGACUGCGUUAGUUGAAUACAUUGGAUUAGCUGUACUCCGUGGAUCGAUGGAAGAUGUAUCGUCACGCGAUACGGUUCAAGUGCAUCAUCGAGAAAAACAAACAGGGAAAUCAUAUCUGCUACCAAUAAGAGAAAAGUUCUAAUCUUUCAAUUUCUCCUAGCCUAUAUAGUGUAAGGUAACAUUCAUAGACUGUAAUAGACUGACAGUGUGAAAGUAGACACGCACGGAGAUCGUAAUGUGGUCGUUGGUUGAUUAAUUACUAAUCGCGUUCUAAAUUAAGUUCGUACGAGCUAUCGUUGAUUAAAGAAGCUUGUUUAAAUACUGUUUCUACCCUCGUAUCGCAGUAACGAAUGUGUUUUUCACGUGUGGACUGCUCAUUAACCAGUUCACGAAGUCUGCAACUCAGAGACAACACAGGCGAAACACUGAUCAACUGGUCACCUCUGCGGUACAACUAGAUUGAUUGCACGAAACUCUGGUUCCAGGCCAUUUCAGCUGACCAUCGAACGUCUGGCGAUUAAAAGUGCUCACGUGUGAAACCGCGUGGUUUGUCACGAGACGACGAUCGAACGCUAGGAAACAAAGGACAGGCGGUCGUUUACUGGCGCAGCGACUCGUGAAAAAGAUUUCUCUUUGUCCUAUGAGUCAGGCGAAUCGUAGAAUCUGAAGAGGCGUCUCGAUGUUGCUCUCGAACCUGGGCUGGAUGAAAGAGUAUGUUCAUCGAUCGACUCGGAGACCUUCGAUAAAAUCUUCUUCUGCGAGACGUCCUUACCUCUCUCUUGGCCUUAUCGCUUGAAACGCAGCUCUAGAGAUAGUCCAGGUCGACCUGUCGUCGGCUCAUGAGUACACGACGCGCAAUAAAAUCGCUCCAUGCAAAUCCAUGCCGCUGCUAGUCUUCGUGGGAUCGUUUCGUGAAUAUUCAACAGGACUCGGUGAAACGGGCCAUUGAUUGAACAAAGAACUUCCGUGUGGAAAGUGACGAACGGUAUCGCGACGAUGAGGAACGACUUAACGGGGAACCUUUUGGCCCGGCCUUAUUAUUUCGCAUGACGCCGCAUACAGUUCGAUCGCGUCAUCAUGAACCUUGUUUUCGCCAGCCUGUUCCAGUACCGGUGAAUACCGGUGAAUUGUUUCGGGAUACUCGUUGAUCUACUGUCGCUACCGUGGAACAUCGCCGGUGCUUGAUGAGAUGAGCUUGUUGCGAUUCGGGCCUUUUAAAGAUGCGAAAAAGCAAAAUGGGGCGGCAUUACGGACGAACAGUUUGGGCUCGGGGGCAAGAACACCACCCCUUGAGAGGAAAAGCAAAUUUUCAGCCCUCGGUAGACUCUUUAAACCGUGGAAGUGGAAACGGAAAAAGAAAUCGGAUAAAUUCGAAGCUGCCUCAUUGUCGCUCGAGAGGAAAAUCUCUGUACGAGCUAGCAGAGACGAGUUGGUACAGAAAGGAAUCCUGUUGCCCGUUAUAAGGUCCACGUCGUUUCCGGAAAAUGAAACGGCCGGCGACUCUCCCGACGGUCAGAAGCCGCCAACGCCGCAACAGACUCCCCAGCAGCAGCAACAGCAGCAACAACAGCCGCAACAGCAGCAACCAGCCGCUGGGGGUAUUGGUACCGGUGGCGUCGGUGGUGGUGGCACCCCUGCAGCAACACCCACGUCAGCCGGUACCGUGCAGCAAUCCCAACAAUCCCAGCAAGUAGCAUCGGCCACGCCGACCCCUACGACUGCCAAUCCGCAUUCUACAGGACCGCCCAGCAAUCAACCCUCGCCGCAUCCCUCGCCCCUUUAUCCAGGGAUACCACAGCCAGGUCAGCCCAACGGCAGCACGCAAGAGCCGAAGAAGGAAAAGACUGAACAGAGUGCAAAUGGCGCGGUAUCGCCGAGCGGUGAGCCGCAAGCGAAUCAGGGCACGGCUACGACCGUGCCGAUCUCGGUGGCACCCCCGAAUUCGGGGAACCAGCAAAAGCCGAGUAGGCCGAAUACCCUGGAAGCCAGGGUGGUAGCCAGGAGACUGAUCUUGUUCGACACUGAGUUGGAGAAGGGGGUCCUAGACCAAAGCAGCGAAAACCAGCAGGUAAUCGAGAGGUGUUAUCCUCUCCCACCUCAGAAUACGUUGAUGUUGUCGGAACUUCCGGAACCGCCGAUUCCUCUGAGCGAAAUUGGGCCGAUUCCGCCUCCUCCGAUGUUCAGCUCUUCGAGUCCUACCCUCUUGUUGGCUAAGCAACGGCAAAUACGGAAUCCUUUGUCGUCCGACUACGAAGAAGAAGAGGACGAAGAAGACUUCGACGUGGAGGAAGAGGACAACAUGUACGUGCCAAGGAUGUCGCAGCCGGACCCGGCCAUCGACACGUCCAGGGUCGAGGAGAUCCCCGCGAAGGAGCCUAAGUUUCACGCGGUGCCGCUGAAGAGUGUGCUGAAGAAGAGGGGUUCCGGAAGUGGGCCUGGCACGCCGCAGAACACGCCAACGCAGGAGAACAGGCCGUUGACCCUUCGUCAGGAGCUGCAUGCCUCCUUCAAAAGGCCACCGUUGAGGCCUAGGAUGAGAAUAUGCAGUCGACCGGUCAGAUUUGGCCUCGCUUUACCGUGCACUUUGGAGAACAAGGAAAACGCGCGGCCGUACGUGAUACGGGAGGACGCUGACGGCGAUUCCGGAGACGGACAGGUACUCUACAGGGACGAGUACGACGAUGAGAAAAGCCGGUUGGCAGCAAAGAUUGCGCGCAAGGAGUCGCUGUCGCUGAAGCUCGCCCUCAGGCCAGAUAGGCAGGAGCUCAUCAACAGGAACAUCCUUCAACUACAGACGGACAAUGAGAGGCAGGAAACGAAGGAGGCAAUUGGUGCCAAGCUUAUCAGGCGGCUGAGUAUGCGGCCGACACAGGAAGAACUGGAGGAACGAAACAUUUUGAAAAAGCAAAGUCCUGCAGAGGAGAAGAAACAAAAAGAGGAGAAAAAGCGGUAUCUACUGCGGAAGCUCAGCUUUCGACCGACCGUCGAGGAGCUCAAGGAAAAGAAGAUUAUCAGGUUCAACGACUACAUCGAAGUCACACAGGCUCAUGAUUACGACAGAAGGGCUGAUAAACCCUGGACACGAUUGACUCCUAAGGACAAAGCAGCCAUUAGAAAGGAGUUGAACGAGUUUAAGAGUUCGGAGAUGGCCGUUCAUGAAGACAGCCGACACCUCACCAGGUUCCAUAGGCCAUGACAAUUGCAAUGUGUUGAGGUGCUACAGUGUGGUGCGGGUAUAGGUGAAGGUGCAGUGUGGUGGCCUCGCGUCGAGGCUGGAUAACAAAAAUAAAAUCUCUCUCGGUUGAUCGUGGCUACCGGGGUUAUUUCACGACAAGAGGAGUUUUUGCUAAUACUCCGUUUAUACUCGGGGCGACGGUGACGGUGGUUUCUUUUUAUGACGUUGCUGCGUCGUGUUGUCAUUCGUCGUCAUCGUCCUCGUCGUCAUCGUGUCAUGCAUUGCGUCUCUCUCAUCGGUAGAUCGUCCUAUCCAUCACCCACGCAUCGGGGUCAUCCGCCAUUCGCGUUGACGACGAACGUCUCCACGACGUCGACGAAGAUUGUGAUAUAGGGUGGCCCGUCCUAUGGAGUAAUUGAGGAAAGAGAAAAAGUAACAAAGCGAUCGCGUCGGGUCACUCGCUGAUUUCUCUUUGUUAGAAAAAAAAAGACUCGUUCACGCCUGAGCUCAUCUGACGCGUCUAUUAAAAUUACUCCGUUCUUUGAAUAAAAUUGUCGGAAUGUCCAGUGUGACGAUCUUUUUGAGCACUUUUGCAUUCUUUCGAUGCCAAACUAAGAAAACGAAUAGAGAAAAAAUAAAGAAGAGAGAGAGAGAGAGAGAGGAGAUCGAUAGAAGACUAAGAUUGCAGCGUUAGAAAUUUGCAACUUAGAAAAUCGAAAACGUCGUUCUAUAAUGAUAUGAGACUCUUUUUGUACGAAUGUUCGUGGAGCUAUUUAAAAAUGAAAGAGCAGGUAAUUGCUUGUUUCAUUUAAAGUUGAUGCUUCACGUCGACUACGUAACUUUGCCAUCUCUCAGAAUUUCUUAUUGCGAGGCAUUGACUUGACUUUUAUGGGGAAUAAUUAGAUUGAGAUGUAAUUGAAAAGAGAGAUUUAUAUAUCCUUAAAGUACAUUUUCAGAUAAACUCUAAGAUAAUAUGAAAAUUAAGCGUAUACAUUGGAAGUAGCUAGAUGAAUAUAGAAAGAUAGCACGAUCAACGAAGGUGGCUCUUUAAACAGUCCCUCUUCAUGAUAGAAGAAAUUCGUUUAAUAGAGGGAAGGGAAAAAGGGCACGUGAGCUCGCAGGUGAACGGGUCUUUCUGUAGAUUUUAGAUCAUAACUUCUCCUUUUGCCAUCAGGCUAGCUCGUCAGUGUCACCUGGCAACAAAACGUGUAUACGUAAAGAAAAAAGCGACUCCUAAAGAAAAAAGUUUUAAUCCUUUAGCAUUCGUAUGAUAACAAUAUCUUGCGGAUAGUUCGCGAAAUACUCAAACUCGACGUGAGAUGAAUGUGCAUCACGAUAGGUGAUUAAAAAACAAAUUAAAGAAAAGUGGGGAAGAACGUCGAUGAGAAAGAUUGAUUUAGCUUUCGAUUUAGUUGUUUAAAGAUGGAUUAGUUUGAAAUAUUUUUAUACGUUGACGUUCAAUAAAAAAAACCGAUAGGGAAUUGUUAUCAUCGACUCGAUUUUUUCAAUCGAACAAAAUAAAAGCCUCGUUUUUUUAAUCGACAAAACGAUCGAACAAAGAGUAAGAGAAAAAUGAAAAAAAAAGGAAAUACAAUGGAAAAAAAACGCAUAGCUUCGUGAUAUAUAUGGCGACUAUUAUGUGAUUUAUCGAUAGAAUUCCACGGAUCGUGAUUUUUAUCGACUUUUAAUAACCGAUGACUUUGUUGUUUGUAUCGCGCUAACGUUGCGUAGAAUUUAUUAUAAUUAAGCAUUGUUCCAUUUUUGCGCGCGGACAGAGACGUGUUUUUUGAAUCGACUCGUGUGCGAAUAUCUAAGACAAUCUUGUUCGAAUUGACAAGAAAAAGAAAAAAAAGAACUAUUUUUCUUUUUUACUGCCAGGUAUCACUAUUUCUCUAUUUGCGGAGCUGCCUUGAGGAGCAAACGCUUUAUUGACUUACUAUACACAAAGGAAAUACACAGAGACGAAAUGGAAAAUAAUGGAACGUGCGAGAAGUGGACGCGUCGAAACAAAAGAAAAAAAAAUAUAUAUAUAUAUAUAGUUGUAAAAUUCCGUUUUAGCGAUGAACUCGAUGAGAAAAUGGAAAAGGAGAGAAAGGGAAGAAAGGAAGAAAAAAUGCAUUGUGCAAUUACACACACUUUGUACAGAAAUAAUAUACAUAGUGCGUAUUUUAGUGGUUAUUAUUAUUGUUAUUGUCAUCGCUAGCAACACUGCGAUCCUCGUUGAUUUUCGAUCACGCGUUUCGAUCAUGGAAGCAUCGUCUUGAAACAACAUAAGAAACAUAAAUUUUGUCUACGCUAUAUUAUAUCGGUUACGCCAUCGAUCGUUCUAUUAAAAUUGAUCGUAGAGUAGACAGAAUUGGUCGUUUGAUCGGUACGUAGACAUAUUGUAAUCAAUUGGAUAGAUGAUUGAUCAAAGAGACGUAAAGAAUACGUUUCGUGGGAGUUUUCUUAAAAAGAAAAGGAAAGAUAUGAAAGAAUCGAAACGUGUUUCGAUGUCUUGCACGCUUAAAUCCCCACACCCCCUCGAAGCUUCCUGUCCUUGCAAGCAUGUGAUCGUCAUCCAUUUUAACGCUCGUGUAAGCUUGCGUCGAGACCAAAUCGAUAAAUAGGGAACUCGUCGCUGACGCCUUCUGCUUUCGAUGAACGUCGUAAAAUUUAAAAAAAAAAAACUGAAAUCGAACAGAAA